CCAUCUUCUCGCGGGGAACUCCUGCUAGCUAGCUAGCAAGCAAGCAACACGAGGAGAAUCGUAGGGAAGGGAACCAUGCUGCGAAGGGCGCUGGACGAAGCGGAGCAGAAUCACGAACAGCAGCAACCGCAAGAGCCACAGCUGCAGCGAAAUCAUCGGCCCCGAGCGGAAGAAGUGGAGGGAAGCGAACGCUCCGGUUUGAUCCCCCCGAUCCACAAAAAAUACGGAUCUACCUCCGUGUCGUCGAAUCGGGGAAAAGGCGGCCUCGGAGGGGAUGCCGAUUACCACCACGACCACGACAACUACCACAGCCACAACCACAUCCACACUCGUCGUGUGAACUAUCCCGACGAGGAGGAUGACGACGAAGACGACGACGACGACGACGAAGAAGAAGCAGAAUACCUCUCGGACACGGACGCCGACGACGACUGGGCCACGGAGGAGGCACCGUUCUCGGAGCGCGAGUGGCCCCGGAGGGCCGGGAGGUUUCUGGCCCGUACCUGGGGCCUGGCGAGGGGCUGCCUUUCCUUUGUCCUGAACGUCGACAACGUAUGGGACUCCCCGGCGUUCGCCACGGAGCGCGGGGCGGGGGGGGCGAGCAAGAGAAAAAAGUGCGUCGUCUUCUUCUGGUUCGCCGUCCUCGCGGGCUCGUACACGAUCGAGCGGGUCUCCUUCAAGCUCCUGGUGGACCGGUCCGGCCCCUUUCGGCUGGUCGCGGUGUCCGCCGUCGUGGCCUUCCACGCCCUCCUCGCGGGGGGGAGCCUGCUGCUUUCCGCCGUGUGGUCGGGGCGCCGGGGGGAACGGGAGGGCCCGUGGGGGAGCAGUGGUGCCGCUUCUGCUCCGGCCCUACGGGCCCUCGGGAUCCCGGUGGUCGACGCCGGGCUGAUGGCCCUCCUCGACACGGUCCAUAUGAUGCUGGUCUUUCUGACCGGAUACCACGUGGCGCCGACCCAGACGGUGAUCCUCGUCCAGUGGACCCUGCCGCUCACGGCCCUCCUGUCGCAGUUUUUUCACGGGGACGGCUGCGUGGCGGCCUGCCUCCCGCACCAAGGGCCCAGCGAACGAGGACACCCUUCCGCCGGCGCCGGAACCGCCGCCGGGCGGCCCCUGCCCGGCUGGGGGGGGCUGUCGAUCGAGCACGUUGUGGGGUCGGUGGUCAUCUCCCUCGCGGUCCUGCUGGCCCUGGCGCCGUCGAUCUACACGACGCUCGUGGACAACGAGUACUUCCGGUACGCCUCGCCCACCAAGAUCCCCACCCAGACGGCCUACAACACGAUCCUCUUUGUGUCGAGCUGCCUGCCGGCCGCGGCGUCGCAGCUGUACAAGGAACACGUCUUUCACAAGCACAAGCAGCCCGUCCACCAGGACCAUCUCAAUUUUGUCUUGUCGGUCUUCCAGCUGGUCUUUGCGGCGAUCGUGUCCCCGCUGGCCUACGUGCUGCUGGGCUUUGCCGCCUCGGACGACUGGACGGAGCUGUACCCGUCCUCCGGCUUUGGCAAGAACCUGGCCGAGGGCUUGGAGUGCUUCGCGGGGGUGCUGGACGAGGAAGAAGCCGAGAACGGGUUCUACGACGAGGCAAACUGUCGGAAUUCCUUUUCCCUAGUGGCCCUGUAUGCCUUCUCGGUGAUCGGGGUGGGCGUGGCGGUCGACAAAAUCGUCAACGGCGGGGGUGAGUCGCAGGCGACGAAACGAAGCAGUGCAGGCCACGGCAUAGUUUGGUUCUCACUUUCUGUUUUGUUUUUUUUAUUGGACCUUCUCCUUUUGCCUCGGUUCCCGUCUCACAGCUACAAAGGUCAUGUACAGGGGAGUAAGUGCCGGAAUCAUCCUUUCCGUCACCUCUCUGUAUUUGUACGAUUUGCACAUCCCGGACUUCAACUACGGACCGGCCAUCGAUAGCCUGAACCUGGUCUGCCUGAUCCUUUUAGUGGUUGGUUCGGAGAUCUACCAUCGGGUGAGUCUGCAAGACGCAUCGUUCGAAACCGUCUAUCCCGAGAUCGAGAGCUUUUUCGAUGACAUCACGGAAUAAAAAAUGAAAGGGUAUCGCCGCUCCCAGAGGCAAAGGCAAGGCGCCAAAAUUCGGAGCCGAUGGGCCCAUGCUCGGGUGUGUCGUUGCAAUAGUAGAUAGGAAAUAAUAGACUGUAACGGGUAGA